AAGCAGAGUCUGACAACGGCGAAGAAAGCAUGUCCAGUGUCUUUUGUGUGUCUGUCCUAUUUUCCCUCCUUGGUGUGUCACUAAGUGUGGAGAUGCAAGGGUUAUACGGGAGCUUCACCUCUCCUAAAUUUCCUCAGCCAUACCCUGACAACCAGUACAUAGUGAGGAACAUAACCGCCCCACAUGGGCACCGGAUCAAACUCUACUUCACCCACUUCAGCAUGGAGUCCUCCGAUCAGUGUGAAUAUGACUACCUCCAGGUUUUGGCGGAAGGAAACGAAACCUUGCGGUUCUGUGGUGAGGAAGUAAAGAACUCUGAAAGCACCCCCAGGAACACCAUCAUCAUAUCAGCUGGGAACUUUAUGUCAGUGGUCUUUAGGAGCGACUACUCUAACGAAGGCCGAUUCACCGGCUUCCAAGCUUUUUACGCCUCCGAAGAUAUCAACGAGUGCCUGUCAAAAGUGGAUGGUGAGAGAAUAUGUGAUCAUUUUUGCCACAACUACAUUGGGGGCUAUUACUGCACAUGCAAGCAAGGAUACCUUCUCCAUGACAACAAAAGGUCCUGCACGGUGCCAUGCCAAAAUCAGGUGUUAACGUCAGCAUCUGGAGUUCUGACCAGUCCUGGCUACCCAAACCCUUACCCACCCAUGAGCCAAUGUGACCACAUCAUCCGUCUGCCAGAGGGUUCUAGAAUUAUCCUGGACUUCCAAGAACCCUUUGACAUAGAGGGACACCCAGAUGUCCCCUGUCCAUACGAUAUGUUGAAGAUUUCAACUGCCGGACAAGAAUACGGACCCUUCUGUGGCUCCACACCGCCAGGCCGAAUUGACACGGGAAGUUACCAAGUGGAAGUUGCAUUCAGAUCUGACUUAAGUGGGAAACACAAGGGAUGGAAGAUCAAGUACACAAAUACUAAAGCUGAGUCUUCAUUUUAACUUAAGACUGGGUUUAAUCUUUUGUUUAGGUGUGAUAAUUUUUUGUUAUGAGAUGUACAGUAGUUUAAAUUCAUUAUUUCAAGAGCUUUUUUUUUUUUUCUUUUUUGAUCCUUGGUACGAAUAAAAAGAUCAGAAAACAGCCUAAUUGUU